GCAUUUUUGUUUGAUUUGGACGGUACUCUUGUGGACACCACGGAUGCCUACGUCGCGGCUUGGCGCGAGAUCCUCGCUCCGAUGGGCGCGUUUGUCGACGAAGAAUUCUUCCUCAAACACAUCAGCGGACAAUCUGACGCCCAAGUCGCGCAGCGUUUCAAGCUGCAGAUUUCGUCAGAGCAGAAAGACGAAGCGUUCUUGCGAUACAUCGAAAAGACCAAAGAAAUUCCAGGCGCGGUGGAAUUUGUGCAAAAGUGUCGUGCGCUCGGACCAGUGUCCGUAGUGACUAAUUCCAACAGAACCGCCGCCAAAGCUUUGUUGAAACAUCUUGCAUUGGAUGAUUUACCGCUUAUUUCCGCGAGUGACGUGAGAUUUGGUAAACCAAACGCGGAGCCGUACUUGAAAGCGGCGAGAAGACUUGGAGUCUCGAUCGGAAACUCCAUUGUCUUCGAGGACUCUCGAUGCGGUUUGAUUUCCGGACGCGCAGCGGGAUGCCAAUACGUC